CGCAGAGGGAGCAUUCCCCAUUCCGCCCCCUCUGUCACCUCACAGUUGGUGCCGCCGCCGCUGCUGUGGACCCAGAAGUAGCGGGGCCGGCCCGGGCUCUCCCUCCCCCCCCUCCCUCCGCUCGGCCGGCACCCGCCCGCCCGCCGUCCCCCGGGCAAAGAGCCUCCUAGUCCCUCUCAGGGCCCAUAUCCCCCCCCCGGGACCCUGUCCCCCCAUGGAGCCGCCGCCCGCCCUGCACCCGGUGAAGCUCUAUGUCUACGACCUGUCCAAGGGCAUGGCCCGGCGCCUCAGCCCCCUCAUGCUGGGGAAACAGCUGGAUGGGAUCUGGCACACCUCCAUAAUUGUCCAUAAGGAUGAGUUCUUCUAUGGCAGUGGUGGGAUUUCCAGCUGUGCACCUGGAGGGACAUUGCUUGGGCCCCCAGACUCAGUUGUAGACCUGGGGAGCACGGAAGUUACAGAAGAAAUUUUCCUGGAAUAUUUGUCCUCACUGGGAGAAUCCAUGUUCCGAGGAGAGUCUUAUAACCUCUUUGAACAUAACUGCAACACCUUUAGUAACGAAGUGGCGCAGUUCCUGACAGGAAGAAAAAUCCCUUCCUACAUCACUGACCUUCCGUCCGAAGUCCUUUCCACGAGUUUCAGUUGGAUAGCUACUACUCCACUAUUUAAUGAUGUUUGACACUUAAUGGAAAACUGCUUUGCAAAAUCAUAUUCUGAUCAUUUCAGACCCUUUGGACAAGCUUUGAGGCCUCUCCUGGACUCCAUCCAGAUCCAGCCACCUGGUGGGAAUACCUUCCGCAGACAUAAUGGACAGAGCUAACACGAAUGGAUGGAUGUGCCCAGCCUCACCAGGCUUUUCCUUUUUAAACACACAAAUCUACCAGAUUUCUAUUUUAUAAUUUCACAUCAGCAUCGUCUCCAAGGAACUAACAAGUUGUUUUUUCAGAUUUCCCAGGGAGAUGACUUAUCAGGUUGCAUGUAGGACAAUGCUACCAAAAAGAUUGCCAUAAUUUCUAAUAGCAUUAUUCUAACUUGUUAAGCCUGUCCUGUCUGUGAAAACUGAUGCUUUCUAAAUAGCCCCCUUGCUGGAGAUGUGGGAAUUCAUUCUAUGGAGACUAGAGAGCCCAUUACUCAAUUUGGGGUACCCAAGGGAAGGCACUGGGUUAAGAGUCCUAGCAAUCCCUUGCCAGACUUGCAUCUUUUUUCUUUUUCACUGCCCAUAUUAUGGGAUAUUUGCUGCAGUCUAACAGGAAGUACAGUGACUUUUGUAAUACUGCAGUGGGUCCCCCAAUAUUAAAACCUUCUCACUAUUCCA